CUAUAAUUCAAGUCUCGUUCUCCCUCAAAUUCAAUCAUUCACAUUCGCUCCCAAUUCCUUCUUCUCCACUUCAGCUUGAUAACUCAUGGCGAUGGCGACGGCGACGGAAGAAGAAAAACCAAUCCAAGAAGUCCUGUCCCUCCCAAUUCUACUCGCCGACCGAGUCAUCAAAUCAACCCAAGAAGCCGAGUCAUUCAAGCCAGAAAACUCAGACCUCUCCCGCCACGUCACCCAGCUCUCCCAGCUCCUCCGCUCCGCCGCCCGCCUCACCGCCGCCACCCCAACCGCUCUCUACGACCGCCCCAUCCGCCGCGUGUCCGCCGACGUCACCAAGUCCCUGGACCGCGCCCUGGCUCUGUCCCGCAAGUGCCGGCACCGCAAGACGAACGUGCUCCACCACGUGCUCUCCAUCACCACCGCCGCCGACUUCAAGAAGCUCGCCGCCCUCCUCGACUCCUCCCUCGCCGACAUCAAGUGGGUCGUCUCCAUCAUCAACCGCAACUCCGCCGACUACGAGACCGCCAGCCUCUCCCUGCCGCCCAUCGCCACCACUGACCCCAUCCUCGCCUGGGUCUGGCCAGCCAUCGCCGCCGUCCACACGGGCCGCGCCGACGCCGCGCUCGAGCUCGCCGCCUUGGCCAAUGACAACGACCGCACCAAGAAGAUCAUUGUGGAGGAAAAUGGGAUCCCCCCGCUUCUCAAGAUGCUCAAGGAGAGCACCAACGUCGACGCCCAGACCGCCGCCGCCGCCGCUCUUUGCAAUUUGGCCGAUGAUCUGACACGUGUCAAGAUAAUAGCCGAUAAAUUAGGAGUUCAACUUAUUGCCAAGGCAUUGUCUCAAUCGCCUGCUAAAGUACAGGUAAUCUUAGUAAACCUAGUAUCAAAAAUGUCGGAACUAUACCCAACCGUGCAAGAAGAAUUUGGGAGAGAGAAUGUGACUAGGCCAUUGGUCACACUUCUAUCCAUGGAUGUGAACAUGGACGAGUUUGUUGAAUCGAACACACACAAAAACGCAAACAACUUGCACUCUAUUGUAGGCAUAGCAAGAGAGAAAAAAAUCCACGGCGGCGGAAGUUUAGAGGGAGGAAAUAGUGGUAAACAUAGCAAGAGAGAGAAAGAGGGCGAAGCAGAGGCGCCUGAGCUCAAAUCGCAGCUCAAAAUAAGCUGCGCCAACGCACUACGCAUUCUCGCUAGAGGAAACUUGUUCAACAGUGGGAAGAUCACAGACACCAAGGCAUUGCUAGUUCUCGCAAAAAUCAUCGAGAGAGAGAGCGGAGAGCUGAAGAUUUGCUGCUUGAGAGUGGUGAUGGAGCUCGCCGUCGUAGCAGAGUCCAACGACGAGCUCAAACGCGCCGCCUUCAAGCCCACCUCCCCCGCGGCAAAAGUGGUUUUCGAUCAGCUCUUGAGAGUGAUCAACCAGGAGAUUACCCCGGGAAUGGUGAUUCCGGCGGUCAAGGCGAUCGGGUGCUUGGCCUCGAUGUUCCCAGCCAAGGAGAAGCGGAUCGUGCAGUCUCUGGUGGCGCAGCUCGGCCACAGGGACCGCAGGGUGGCGGAUGAAGCGGCCGGGGCUCUGAAGAAGUUCGUGUGCGAUGGGAAUUACAACCGGAGGGAGCAUUCGGAGGCGAUCAUCGAGUUCAAUGGGGUGGCGAUGCUAGUGAAUUUGGUGCGGAGCAGCCAUGAGCGUCUGGAUGAGCUCGUGCUGCUCUGCUAUCUUGCGGUCAAUGCGGGGAAUAGCAAGGCGCUGGAGCAGGCUCAGGUGCUGAGAGUUCUUGAGGGUGCUGCGCGACAUGCUGUCGCGCAGAACCCUGAUCUUAGGGACUUGUUUGCCAAGGCCAUACAUCAUCUCACAAUCUAUCAGGCUGGGACACAUCAUGCAUAUAGGCAUCAUUAAUUUUGAUAUGUAGCAUUUGUUGAUCAACUUUAAAGAUGAAGAAGGAGUGGAGGUAUACGAUGGCUUUGAGGUGUAUAGUUUCAUUUUUAUUUGAAGAUGGAAUUUUUAUUGUAAGUAGAUGAACUAAACUGAAUACUAUCACUGAACUAAAAUGAUAAGUAGAUGAAUGUGAUACCAUUCUUGUA